GCCUUCCAUUAUCUCUACAACCAAAGCCACCACCAUUUCUCCUUUUGUUUUGCGCAAUUCACUCUCCUUUAUCAAUCCCAAUAACCAUAUUUCCUCUCCUUAAUUUCUUCAUAUUCUGGCCUCCUUUUCUUUCUCAUGGCAUAGCAGUAUAACAACAUCACUCCUCCUAGCCCCAUUUCCUUGCCUUGGUCAAGGAUUUUUUGAGAAUUUUUUUAUAUGGCAACAACUGCAAGCAAGGGUGCCCAGAAGAGGGAGAAGGUCACACCCACUUCACAUCCUCACACAAGUACUCGCAGGCAAGGAAGUUCAAGACCAGCCAGCCCUUCAUCAGGCUCAACCAACAAGGAUAAUCCCAGCACCCCAUCAGGAAAACCAAUCCCAAACUACCUGAAGCCUACUUUUAGCUCAAGACCUGAGUCCUUAAAACAAGUUCAGAAAACUGGCCAUGAAGACACAUCACAAAAGCCUGCUCUUCUUAGAAGAAGAUCCUUUGAUAAGCCACUAUCCUCUGCAGAUUCUAAAGAGAGACCAGGUAGAGAAAGAUUAAUCGGCACAGCCCGAUCUUCAUCUUUUUCAUCAAAAAAUGUUACUUCAUCAAAAACUGUCUUCGACCGGAAUGCCACAGCACAUAAGCCAGGAAAAUCUCAGCCACUGGCUACAAGGACCACGAGGAGGAGCAUUAGUCCCUCUACCAAGAAAGCGAGUAAUGCUCUUGUUUUGCCGAAAGAGCCUAUCAGUUUGGAAAACCUUGAAACUAAGCAAGAAAUCAAUGCAGAAUCUUUUUUGGCUCAUGAAAGUGAAGAGAUACUGAAUGCUGCGAGCCAGGAACAAGUUCCUUUUGAUUCGCAAAAGGCAAAAAACAAGGAAGAACAUAUUGUUUCUGAAGAAAGUGAAGUUAACAAUGUUACUGAAGAUGAGAAGCUCAAGGGCUCUAACAUUAUCACAGUUGCUGAAGGAGAAAUUAGUAAUGACCCCGCAUUAGCAGAACCGGUUGAAGAAACAGAAACCGAGUUACAUCAAGAAAGCGAAAACCAACAAGAAGAGGAAAAUAAUGGCAAAUUAGAGGAAAGCAGCGACACUAAUGCUAACCUUGAGGAGGGUAUUGCAGUUGAGGCUGACGAUCAAGUGAAAGUGGAAGAGAAUGCUAACGAAAAUGAGGUUUCACCCGAAGUACCUGUUGGUGAAGAAAAGGAGGGAGACAUGAACAAAUUUAAUGAAGGAAGUGAGGAGCAUGAGCCCCAGGAAGAACAAGAUAAAGUAGUGAGUAAAGCUCAAGAAGAAGAAAAGCCAGAUGAUGCAAAUUCGCCACAAAAGAAGCAAGUGGUACAAGGCAAUAAAAAGGAAUCUCAUGCUGCAUACAAUGAUGUGAUCGAAGAAACUAAGAAUAAGCUACUUGAGGAGAGAAAGAACAAGGUGAAGGCAUUGGUUGGGGCAUUUGAGACUGUGAUAGACUAUGAAUCUAAAUGAACCUGACUGAUGAAGCUUAAUUUUCAGGUUGCCGAUGUGUUUGCUAGAUUUCCUUUACAGCUCGUGUGGAUAUUGUUGCCUUUAGAAAGACAUUGAUGAUAAUGUGCUAGAAUACAUAAUUCCUGUUUGUUUUCUCUUUUCCAUGAUAUACAUAGCCAAGAAAAACAUGUACUCAAUUUGUGAUUUUUCGAAUGAAAACCUUUGUCACAG